AUGAUUUCUCGUCUCUCUGCCGGGCGCACGCCGCAGCUCCACAAGCUUUUUGUUCGUGGAAAAAAAACCACGGGCGUGAGUCCCUCCACACAAAAAGUGGUGAACCAACUUUCGGCUCUCUCGGCCACCAAGAAACAGCCCAAACUCUUGAAGUUGUGUGCCGAGGAUCUCAUCAAACACAAGACUAUCACAAAUGCUUGGAAGAUUUUCUCCCGCAAGCAGCAUGCCAAGUCCAUGGAUCUUCUCGAAAAACAGUACAACAGCAUCCGAAAUGCCAUGGACGAGUUGAAGGAAAUCAGCCCAGACUUAUACGAGGCUGCCAACAAGCCGGAAACAAUGAAGCGGUUUCCUUUGGACAUGAGGGUGCCCACUGACUUUCCCGCCAACAAGCCCUGGGUGUAUGACUUUGAGAAAAACGCAAGCGAGGCGAAGUAG